AUGGCCAUGGACAUUGCUAUGAGGGAUGCUGCACCGUCAUCUCCCGAGCUUCUGAGCGAGUUAUACUCGCAUCGCGGUGCAGACCGCACUGCUUCUGGCUCAGAUGACGUCGGCAGCUCUUCGUCCAGCUCCACGUACGACAGCGUAGUCGAUGGCGACAGACCGGCUCCAGGCAGCAGGAGUCCUUGGCGCCUCCCAUCUCUGCUCCCGGCAAGGAAAGGGCCAGACGCCCACACGCUCACACCGAUCUACACGGACAGCGCCGGCAUCGAGUGGGGUCCAUACAGACUUUCUCCGGACAGGUUCCAGCUCAACUAUUACCCACCCACUAUUCCAACUCUCUCGCACCUUUACCGACCAGACGGAACCGUGUCGAUGGAAUUCAUUCCAUACCCAGCAGGCAAACAAUUUCCCUGGUCACCGAUAGUCUAUCGACCGGAGCCAGAGGUGUUGCAGAAUCUCCAUUCGCUCAUCGUUGGUCAUCUGAGAAAGGUGGGAUGGAGCGCUCGUUCGAUAGUCCCCGAUCAAAAGCUGUUCAGGGAAGGGAUGUGGCUUUGGCCUCCGCUCGAAAGGUACCGGAACAGCCUUCAGAUGCCAAGCCGAAUGCUCGAGGGAAAACUUCUACGAAUUCCAGGCACUCGUCUCAGGAGGGCGAUCAAAACGCACAAGAAUCUAUUCAUGCUCAAAAUACAGACGGCAGAGGGGAUCCGACAUGUUCUGGCAACAACGACGAACAAAGCGCAUAUCUUCACCCCAGUAUAUACUGGACGAGAAGGAAACUCCAAGCUAUGGCUCUUCUACGAACGUCGAUGGAACGCUUUCACCGCGAGCAGCGGCAGAUCAGGGACGGCUUUCCUGGGUGCUAUGUUCCUGCCCAAAGGGACCGAGUCGCUGCUUUUGGAUUCGGGUGAUAUGAAGGUGCUGUUGCCCGGCUGA